AGGGCGCGGCUGGGAGGUGAAGCCGGCGGCUCUUUAACCUCCGCCUGGGUUUUGGCCGAACUCGUGGUGCUGGCCUCCCCUUCCUGGGCGCAUCCUCAUUUACUCCCAGAGGAGACCCUACCUGAACCCAGAAGCCCUGGUUUCCUUCCCGGGGGAGAGCAGUGGUGGGUCCAGCCUGCUCUCAGCCUUGCCUUUCACUCUUCUUGGGGCCGCCCCUUGCCCUUUCCUCUCGGUAGGUUCCCAUUUGUCCUCCUGCCUGUUGAACUGUCAGUGUCAGGAUGUGUAUGUAAUUUGGGGGGGGGGUUGCCUUACACCUGAAGCUCUUGUCAGGCUGCAGAUGACCUCAUCCUCCACCUUAUUUUUUCCCUCAUCUCCCAGUUGCGGGGCUAGCUGAGAAGCAGCAUUUAGACCUACCUUCCCACCCCCAAAGGUGGUUAGAAUAAGCUGCACAUUGAGUUGGAAUUCCAGCGCACCCAUUCGGUAGCCCUGUGAUCUUAGACAAGUGACUCAACAUCUCUGAACCUCAGCCGUAAGCCCUGCAGGGGGAGCCCAUGGACAAGGCUUGCUGCCAGAGCCUCAGCUAGGACCACCUCCCAGGGACUGCCCAGGCCCCCUCUGCUCUGACCCUUCUGCUGGCAAGUCUGGGCAUCCGCCAGCGCCAGAAGGAGGGAACUCUCAACCGGGCAAGACCGAGAACACUGUCACCAUGACAACCAGUCACCAGCCUCAGGACAGGUACAAAGCCGUCUGGCUUAUCUUCUUCAUGCUGGGUCUGGGGACGCUGCUCCCAUGGAAUUUUUUCAUGACAGCCACCCAGUAUUUCACAAACCGCCUGGACGAGUCCCAGAAUAUGUCCUUGGUCACUGCUGAGCUGAGCAAGGACAUCCAGCCCUCAGCCACCCCCACAGCGCCCUCCCCAGAGCGGAACUCUCUCAGUGCCAUCUUCAAUAAUGUCAUGACCUUAUGUGCCAUGCUACCCCUGCUGGUCUUCACCUGCCUUAACUCUUUCCUGCAUCAGAGGAUCCCCCAGUCUGUUCGGAUCCUGGGCAGCCUGAUAGCCAUCCUGUUGGUGUUCCUGAUCACUGCUAUCCUGGUGAAGGUGCAACUGGAUGCUGUGCCCUUCUUCAUCAUCACCAUGGUCAAGAUCGUUCUCAUUAACUCAUUCGGUGCCAUCCUGCAGGGCAGCCUGUUUGGUCUGGCUGGCCUCCUGCCCACCAGCUACACUGCUCCCAUCAUGAGUGGCCAGGGCCUGGCAGGCUUCUUUGCCUCCGCGGCCAUGAUCUGCGCCAUCGCCAGUGGCUCAGAGCUAUCAGAAAGUGCCUUCGGCUAUUUUAUCACAGCCUGUGGGGUUAUUGUUUUGACCAUCAUCUGUUACCUGGUCCUGCCCCGACUGGAGUUCUACCGCUACUACCAGCAGUUCAAGUUCGAAGGGCCUGGGGAGCAGGAGACCAAGUUGGACCUCAUUAAUAAAGGAGAGGAGCCAGUGGCAAACAAAGAGGAGUCCAGAGUUCCAGCCCCCAACUCUCAGCCCACCCAGCAAAGCCACUCUAUCCGAGCCAUCCUCAGAAAUAUAUUAGUCCCGGCUCUCUCCGUCUGCUUCAUCUUCACGGUCACCAUUGGAGUGUUUCCCGCCGUAACCGCUGAGGUCCAGUCCACCAUUGCGGGCAACAGUGCCUGGGGAAAGUACUUCAUUCCUGUGUCUUGUUUCUUGACUUUCAAUGUCUUUGACUGGCUGGGCCGGAGCCUCACAGCUAUAUUUACAUGGCCUGGGAAGGACAGCCACUGGCUGCCAAGCUUGGUGCUUGCCCGGAUGUUGUUCGUGCCUCUGCUGCUGCUGUGCAAUGUCCAGCCCCGCCGCCACCUGGCUGUGGUCUUUGAGCACGACGCCUGGUUCAUCAUCUUCAUGGCCGCCUUCGCCUUCUCCAAUGGCUACCUCGCCAGUCUCUGCAUGUGCUUCGGGCCCAAGAAAGUGAAGCCAGCCGAGGCAGAGACAGCUGGAGCCAUCAUGGCCUUCUUUCUGUCUCUGGGCCUGGCACUGGGAGCUGUCUUCUCCUUCCUGUGCCGGUCAAUUGUGUGACCAUGGAUGGAUAGAAGGACUGCACUGACCAUCUGCUCCUGCCCCCUUUCUUCUUCAGGGAUGGGCCAGGGUGGUCUGAGGUUUUCUCUUUUAGCCAGCUUCUGCUUUCUCGUGGCCUGUUCUGGGCCCAGGUGUCCAGGCCCUGAGGAGGGAGCCUCUAUGGAUGGACAGUGGGGACAUUGUGGGCCUGAGGGUCAGAAUCAAGGGGGGGGGCAUGCGGGCUCUGCAUCUGCUCACCACUCCCCCCCCCCCCCCCCGGCUCUGAAGGAUCCCUGUGAGCAAGGCAGCAGAAGCUUCUGGGCUCAGAGAGAAAGAGUGUGUGUAUGUGUGUGUCUGUCUGUCUGUUCAUCUGCAUAUAUAUACCAGGGGUGGCUAGGGGCCAGGACUGUUUGUCUAAGGUCCGAUCUGAUAUUUCCACCCCGCCUUCUCCCCAUGUACCUCCUGCCCCCACAUCUCCAUGUCCCUCUCCUGCUCCCCCUUGCCUUGUUCCUACCAAUCACACAACCUGUACAGUUGCCAUUUUACUGCCCUUUUUUAUAUUCAACAGAAACCAGGUGCCUUUGGAGGCUCUCUGAUAAAAUAAAUCUUUUUUUUUUUUC